CGACCGGUGGCCUUGGAGCGCGCUGGCGCGGUUUUUAUUUCGUUUCUAGCUCGCUCUCUCUCUUUCUCUCGCACGCUCCGACCUGCCUGCCGGAGCCGGUCACCCGCCCACCCUCUCUUUUCAAUGCGUGUAUAUAAAUGUUCUUUGUUCGGCCGUUCACGAUUUCUAGAGAUGAGGUUGGCAAUGCCGGUUACCGGUAGCUAAACCAUGGUCGGAGGGGCCGGCCGCGCCAUUGGGUUUUUAUAAAACGGGUGGUGGGGGCCGCCGUAACAUCCGUCGUCACCGUCGUCGUCGUCGUUCGGCUAGUGGCGGGCAACACGCAGGUCUGCCUCGUUAUUUUUCUCCUUCUCUCCGCCUUUUCCACCGCAGUUUUAACCGUCGGUCGCGCGUUUACAGUGAGAUAUAUACACACGCAUCCGUCGCGUUCCCUUUGUUUUUUUUUCUUAUUCUCGUGUUGUGUGGUGCACCAUUAUAUAUAUAUUCUUUUUCGCCCCGCUACACACUCGUUACGUACGUAACCGAAUAUAUACAUACACGCACACGCUGUACACGUAACGUGUGUGCGCCGCGUUCGUACCAUCAUCACAACACAUACACGCAUCGAUACGCGCGUGUACGUUAUAUAUAUAUACAUACGUCCGUACGUAAACUAAACACCGCCGCCGACCGUACACACGCGAUCACAGUGCUGCAGUGUACGUGCGUGUGCGCGUGACGUCUGGUGUCCGAUCGUAUCGUGAGAAAAGCGUAGUGCACUCGCAGUCCGGCGGCAUGUCCGAAAACCGCGCGGGCAACAAUGUUGGCUGGGGCAACCGGGACGACCACGCGGCCGCUGCCGCCAACCUAUGGUGGGGCAACAGCCAGGAUCAGCAGCAGCAGCAACAGCACAUGCAGCAGCAGCAGCAGCAACAGCAGCAACAACAGCAACAGCAGCAGCAGCAUUUACUGAACCAGCACCAUCAGCAGCAACUAGCCGCCGUGGCGGCUGCCGCUCAGCAGCAGCAGCAGCAGGCGGCCGCCGCGGUGUCCGCGGCCCAACAGUUCUAUAAGAUGGCGUCCACGUUCAGCCAUCAGCAGCACCAACAGCUGCAGCAGCAGCAACAGCAACAGCAGCUCGGUAACUCCGGCGUGUCGACCAGUAACAGCAACGUGUCGACGACGGUGACCAGCAGCUCCAGAAAUCCAAUGGCCAACUACGCGGACAGUUACGGUAUUGCGGCGGCCGCAGCUGCACAAUGGUGGUCGUAUCCGGGAGCCAUGGACAACAAUAUUCAAAACGUACACAACGUACCGUCGCCAAACUCGAUCAUGGUAAUUCGUGUUAAAUAUCUGUGCGUGUGUGCGGGCGCGUGUGAAUGUGAUAACAACCACGACGCGGUACACACAUACUCGAUGUAGUAUUAGGUUAAUCGUAUGUUUUAACCAUUUUGAGCUUCGAACAGUUGUAUUUUAUGAUUUUUCAUACCGAUAUGAUAUGUUUGAGUUGAUGCACAAGUGUUUUUUCACGCCAUUCUCGUGUCCGUUUCCGGUCGGAGUUUGGCGUUCGUCGAUAAUCGGUGAGCGUUGUUGCCGUGUACUCUGCUGCGGCGGCUACUGCAUGGGUACUUGCUCUCCGGCCGGCCGGCCGUCGGUCCGUUUUUUUAUCAUUAUUAUUUUAUAUUUUAAUUAGCGCGCCAGUGUUAUGAUAUUAUAUCCCAGCAAACUCGUUAUUCUAAUCAUCGUCAACCGCGUGACGCGCGCGCUUCCGAGAUGGAGGGCUCACCUCCACCACACCACCUUAUCAUACUUUUUGUUGUGUGUAUCCGUUUUCAUUCACGUGUCUUUUUCGAUCUCCGUUUUGCGUCGUUGCCUAUGUGGUUUUGUCAAGAUCCGAUUUUUUUCCGUUUUCUCUAUUUUCCACAUAAUACAAUACCACCAGUAGAUCGUUUACGAAACCAUCUCUUGAUCCGCGUUGAACAUUUUGCUGGCCAGUUGUACAAUGUUUUCGUUCUUGUUUUUCGCGCGCUCCUUUGUCCGUAAUCGGUGGCGCGCGCGCUUUAAUGUUUCGUGGUCUGUUUGGUUUUCAUCGCGAUAUUAAUAAAUACUAUCUCGUGAGAAUCAGCAAAACAUUGUACACAUUUUUCGUUGCAAUUCCAACAGAUAAAUAAAUUUGUCAUUGAGUAGAUAAAUAGAAAGUUAUGUGGCCUUAGAACAACACUGUUACUCACGUAUUUAUAAUAAAACUGGGUUCUUGCAUUGGAAAUGAAAUUGAUAUAUGUAGAGUGUGGUCAACACUUCAAAUACAGUUUUAGUUUUUUUUUUUUUAUUGAUCACCUAUAAAGAGAUAAAAAACCAGUAAAAAUUAUAGUUUUUUUUCGAUGACCUAGCGAAGAACCCUGGAAUUUUUGUUCAAUAAAAUCUUGGAAUUUCUACAGCAUACGAAUUAUACUCGGAAGCAGUAAUAGGUAGAAGUGAUUUCAUUCUAAAUGCGAGUAUUCUAAUUUUUCCAAGAAAAUAACGUUGCGUCUUU